AGCAAGCAAGCAAGCAAAGCAAGCAAGCAAGCAAGCAAGAAAGAAAGAAAGCAAGCAUCAAGCAAGCAAGCAAGCAAGCGCAUUGCUGUACACAGGUCCCAUCAUUACCGCAGAACUGAACCAGCAAUACCCAGACAGUAAUGUCUCAUCACGGACAAGCGCCCGACGAUAACCUGCACAGCUCUUGGGUGGAACUGCACUACAAUCAGAGCAGCAGCAGCAGCAGCAGGAGAUCGAGCGUGGGGGGGCUGGAACACCCCCCCCCCUCUUCCUCCUCGCAGCACCAGGGCGACAUGGAGCAGAUCCUGCUGGAUGCACAGCUCGAGUCUGACAGAAACAGCUCCUCCGACAGCCCUUCCCUGGCGAUGAAGCCAAAGACAGCAGCCUCUCAAGCAGCACCCAGCGAGUCUGGGAGCAGCGCAGACCACACCAGCACACAGUCAGAGGAGGACGGUCAGGAGCGCGGUGUGGAGGUGGAGAGCAUGCUGAAGAGCAGUGUUGACUGGACCUGGGACUGGUCAAGCCGGCCGGAGAACCUGCCGCCAAAGGAGUUUCUGUUCCAGCAUCCGAAGCAGACGGGCUCGCUGAGCGUGAGGAAGGCUCGCGUGAUGAAGAAGGGGAUCUUAUCCUCUGAAUUCCUGGUCAUCUUUAUCCCCUCCAUUGUCGUCUCUCACCUGCUCACCCUCGGACUCGGGAUCUACAUUGGGAAGAGGCUGGCUGCGUCCUCAGCCAGCACGCUGUGAGCACCAGUACCCCCUGCAGGAACAACAUAACAACUCUGAAUACUUGAACCAAUAGGAACGUAGCGUCGACAUCUCCAUCCAAUAGGAACGUAGCGUCGACAUCUCCAUCCACUCAUCUCACUGUUGAGGACAGCAGCUCCUUCUUCCUGAGAGGAGGAGGAAGAUUAUGUGUUUUUUUUUUUUUUUUUUUUUUUUUUUUUUUUUACUUUUAAAGAUAAUUUGUACUCUUUAGGUUUCUUUAUAUCGUGUUGUCUCCCCCCCCCCCCCCCGAUACUCAAAUGGAAGUAAGAAAAAAAGAGAGGCUCUCUUUUACAUUGUUAGCCCCCCUGGGAGGAGGAGGGGGAGAGAGAGAGAGAUAUUUGAUAUCUGACCCAGUGAUACACAGACCUGAGAGAGAGCUUUGUGUUCACCACACUGGCAGCAAGGUGCAGCACUGUGAGUGCUCAGUGGUCAGUGGGCGCUGUUUACGACAGUGGAGAUUGUCUGUUGCUGGCAAUUAAAUUUUUUUUUUUUUGUAGUGCAUUUAAUCAGUCUUAAACCUAAUGCAAUAAUACAGAAAGCUGUCUUACUGUACUGUGUUGUCUGUCUCCCUGUUCCAGCACUGUGAGGUAAUGCACUC